AUGGUAACUAAGGGCAUAGUCCUUGGACAUAAGAUUUCAGCCAAAGAGAUUGAUGUUGACCAAGCUAAGGUUGACGUCAUCAAAAAGCUACCACCACCAAUCAAUGUCAAAGGCAUCCGAGAAUUCCUUGGUCAUGCCGGUUUUUAUCGACGUUUCAUCAAAGAUUUCUCAAAGAUCGUCAAUCCUUUAAGUAAUCUCCUCAACAAAGAUAGGUCAUUUAAUUUUGAUAAAUAUUGUUUAACUACUUUUGAAAAUAUAAAAGAAAAAUUAAGCACUGCACCUGUAAUCACUGCACCCGAUUGGAAAAUCAAUUUUGAACUCAUGUGCGAUGCAAGUGACUACGCGGUCGGGGUUAUUUUGGGAUAUAGAAAAACCAAAACUUUCAUGCUAUACACUAUGCGAUCAAAGUCUUAA